UACCGCUUGUCAUCACUCCUACCGUGGCUCGCGCUGGCGUUUCUUCAUUGUACCGGAUCUCCGACUGUAGUGCGACCAUAGAAAGAGUGAACAGCAGCAGCAGAAGAACGCUUUAAGCAUCUUGCCGCCUGCCGUCCGCCUAGAACAAGUCGAACAUCCCGCCGAAACCAGUCAACACUAGUACCGAAUCCCUACCGCCACGCGAAGCCGUAAUCGUUCCCCUUCUGAUUGGAGCCAACCAAACAUGUUUUACACUAUGUACCUGUCGAGUGUCUGCCAACGCCGUCAAUGGCCCGAACCUCACUACGAACCCUACCGCACCCGCACCGGCUGGCACUGCAAAGUCCGCGUCAACAACCGCGAAUACUCGACCGAAGUCCCCUACGCCUCGGAGAAUCUCGCGCGCGACGGCGCUGCGCAAAAGGGCUACAUGAUCUGUCGCAACUUCUCCGUCAACGACGGCAUGGGACCGGGUCAACGUCCGGGCUCAUCGGUGCAAGGCCUUCCCGUGGCAAUUGGGACGGGAAGAAGAGGCGGUGGCGGUGGCAGCAGCGGUGGCAGCAGCGGCGGGAAACGAGGCUCGGCGGCGAGUUAUGAUACGAUUAGUAGUGGUGGCACGGCGAUGACGACGACGACGGAUGAUGAUGGGACGUUGAGUAGUAGUGGAGGAAAUAGUCCGAGAAGUGUGGAUAGUGGAUUUGAAGUGCAGAUGAGGUUGGUCACGCAGCAGUGUCCGAAACCAUUGGUGAGGCAACUCGGUGGUGGUGGUGGCGGUGGUGGUGGGCGUCGGUCCAAGGCAUCUUUGAAUCAUAAUAAUAAUAAUAUUAUGGUCAAGAAUAACGGGAAUGGCUGCGCUAACAAUAAUAACCACCAUCACCAUCAUCAUCAUGAUAGUUAUGUGUGUUAUUGUCAGCGAGGGACUGUGAGGGCUUAUGGGCGUUGUGGAUGGUGUUUGAGCGAAGCGGGUUGGCAAUAGCGAAAGAAAAAAAGAGAGAAAAAGAGAGAAACAAAAACAAGGGAAAAGAACGAAUUGACGAUAUGAUGAUGAUGAGAGAAUUCUUGGGGAUUUUGGGGUUGGGAUUUCCAUUUUAUUCUAUUUCUUUGCUUAUUCGAACCAUUGGAAAGAGGAACGAGAGAAGAGAAGAGAAGAGAAAUCUGAGGCGUGACGGGAAAGGGAGAGGACAGCAAAGACCUGCAUCGCCGCGAGGCAUUUCUCCACGAGGAUAUAUUUUUUUUUUAUUUUAUUAUUAUGACUGGG